CAGACGAGAUCGACUGGUCUUCUGCUAACGGCAUCGACAUGGCUGUGUACACGUUUACGCAGCCGCUAGUUUCAAAUCGCAGCCUGUUCUUCGCUUUGUCCAACACGAUCCUCGUGCUCUUGGCGUGCGUGCUUCUUGCGAAAGGAGGUACAAGUACUCCAUUGACUAAACACUAUGUAAAUGACGCAAACUAUUAUGACAUUUCGAGCAAUGAUGAUAAUUCAGAUCCUUUGGAGAAGUUUUACUUAAUUACUGAACAAAGGUGGCACACAGACACAGUGCUGCCUAUCUCUUUAUUGCCGUCUACCGAGGGAAUGUCUGCUAGAUCUCGUCACAGGAUCCCACAGUCCAUAACGGGACUGGAUGAUGCUGGAAUGGAUUUGCAAGCAGCUCAACUCAGUACCCGUGCAGGACAGGAGGUACGUUCCACUGGAGCUUUACCAUGGCUAGACUGGCAGUUAUCCCUCUUUGUAGCACUUUGUGCCAUUGCUGGUGCUAUUCUCUUUACAUUCUUGAUUUUGUUAUGGCUGUGGAAACAAAUGUCGUGUGAAAAGGAUUCAGAAGAUGGUGAUAGGAGAGGUUUGGUAGAGGAAGGUGCUGUGUGUCAUUCGGGAAAGCUUGCUAAAACUACAAAAGGAUCUGUUGAAGGCCAAUGGGUACAUCAACCUACAGUAAAACCAUCUGUAUCUAUUCAGUCUGUACGACCAGUUACUGGUUUACCUGAGGUGAUGUCAGUGGCAACUCCAGAACGCAGACCAGAACCUAUACGCGUAAGAGCGAAAGGAUUACUAGAACGACGCGGUUCAAGUGCUAGUUUGACUAUAGAAUUGGCACCACCACCUGAAAGUCCACCACAUGUAGUUACACCUACUCGUGAAUGUACAGCAGAAGAAUUUUUGUUAAGCGCUGGAAACGUUCUAUCAAGGACUCAACUGAAGAAGGCUGUCAGUGAUCCAGCGUCAUUGCAUAAAGAAUUUUGGGAAGUUCCGCUUAAUUUACCCGAGGAACUAGGUAUUUACGGAUCUUGGGUGAAAAAUAGAUAUUGUUCUGUACUACCAAACCCGCAAUCACGAGUAGUUCUACCAGGUUCUUCUGAUGAUCCGCUUUCCAGUUAUAUCAACGCUAACUACAUUCGGGGAUAUGACGGAGAAGAUGCCCGCUACAUUGCAACACAGGGACCAUUGGCUCACACGGUAGAUGAUUUUUGGAAAAUGGUCUGGGCAGAGAAAGUCCCCGUUAUUGUUAUGAUGACAAAACUACAUGAAGCCGCCAAAACAAAAUGCGAGGCAUAUUUUCCGCAGGAUAAAAAUAGUCGCAUACAAGCUGUACCUUUUACCAUUACUGUUAUAUCUCUUGAUACCAGAGAUGGUUACACUAUCCGAGAUUUAGAACUUAAAUACGAAGGAGAAAGAAGACAUGUGCAACAUUAUUGGUUUGAUUCAUGGCCGGACCAUGCUGUACCCGAAGCUGCAGAUACCCUUGUUAGUUUAGCUGCGGAAGUAAAUUCUCUAUCAGGACCGGUUGUUGUUCAUUGCAGUGCAGGAAUUGGACGGACCGGAUGUUUCAUAGCUUUAGCAACCGGAAUGAUACAAUUACUACGAGACGGAAAUGUGGAUGUGUUGGGCAUUUUAUGUCAAAUGAGGUAUGAUAGAGGAGGUAUGAUUCAAACGGCUGAACAAUAUGAGUUUGUUCAUCGUGCCCUUUGCCUGUAUGAGCAAACGCUUGACGGUGGUAAAUCGUCCAGUUCGGGAGAUUGACGCGACUGAGCGGACAGUCGAGGGAAUUGAUCAGAAUUUACUAAAUGAAAAAUUACACCUGAGUGUUACUACAGGAAAGUUUGCAAAACGACUGUGAGGUAUUGUCUGCAACAUAUUACUUCGUCCAGGUGUGAAUAUCUCUGCCACGUAAGAAACUCUAUGAAGAGAAUCUCAAUUUCAACUAAUGGACGGCACAUUAGUCUCUGUUUUCACCCGUUUAAGAUCACCCGUCUCACUUAAUAAGCUGCCAUUUCUAUACUGCCAUGACGAAUCGUUGAUAAUUAAUAUCGGUCACAAAGCUCAAGAGAGAAGCAAAUGUUUAAAUAAUUAUACUAUUCCUAAACUGAAUUAAAACUGUUUAACAAAUGGAAAGAUUAUUUCAAUUUGACUUGUGAAAUGAAAGAUCAGAGAUUGUCUGAACAUUGGUUCAGAAUUUAAUGCAUUCUGUUGGCCUUAUGUCGGUUAUAUGAAUUUGGAAUUAUAUAGUCUUCUCAGAAACUUGUACUCUCUACGAUUGAAAUAAAUCUUCCUUAACUUUUAAACACAGCAAAGUGUUGCAAAAUUAAUUCAGCUGCCCGAUAUAUAUAUAUAUAUAAAUAUAUAGUUACAUAUAUAAAUACUACUGGUAAUAAUUAUUUGAUUGAAAUGAUGAAAUCAUAAAUACAGAAAGGCAGAUUGAAAUUAUUACGAAAUCGGGACCCAGAUUAAGUAAAUAUUUUUAUCCUAUUUGUAGUUCCUAGUUAAUUUUACAGUUUAACGUACACAAUGAUUUCCAUGACUUUUAAUUACUUUAUCAACAAAGACUGAAUGCAGGUAGUACAAUACGUUUAUUAUAUAAGUUACGAAUCUAACUAGAAAUAAUAUGCUUCUGUAACACAAAGCAAAAUUUGUGACGUGUAUGAUGGUUGUAAGAAAAGUAGUUUCGCUAAAAAAGAACAUUCAAAGUAGUGAAUUGUAGGGUGGGUUCAUUGACUUAAACUUUACCAAUAAUGCAAACUUUGUCGAUUUCUGGUACAGUAAAUCAAGAUUAAUGUUUACAGUAAUUUUGACGUAAUCUCAACAAUUAGCAAUGAAGGGAACUGCUGCUUUUAUAAGUGAUUAAUGAUUGAUCUGUUCGUUUUAAAAAUUAGUCUGUAGCUGACAAUAAGUGUGAUUUAAGCUUUUAAGAAAAAUUGGAAAAGGAAAUUACUUUAUUGACACGAAUAGCAAUAGCUGAGCAGUUACAUUAUUCAGCUAAAAUUUUCUUGGUCAGGCGAAUGAACUUUAUUAAACCAUAGAUUCCAACAUUAUAACAGUAUAAAAGUUGUUCUUAGUAUUUGGUAACUAUUGCAUACCAUAAGGGAAUACAUUGCAAACUCUGCAAAAUUUAUGAUGACUCAUAAUUAUUGUUCGAAUUUUAAUUCGUUUUGUGCAGCUGUUUUUCAUCGAAUGCCAAUGUAAUUUAUUGCAUUGGUCCGUAUGCGUUUCAAUUUUAAACUAUCAUAAACGAUCUCAACAAACGUUUGAAAAUGAAUGUGCUGUAGUCAAGUUGGAUGCUAUUUGCGACACAAUUAAUCUGUUUCACUUCGUCGACCGUGUUGUAACAAUUUUCAUUCUAAUUAUCGAUAUGAUGCCUCGAAGUUCUUCUAUCUUGUAUGCGGUAUGGAUGUAUGAAUUUUGAGUGAAAGAUUGUGAUAUGUAUACAUAUAUACAAUAUAUAUAUAUACACUUGUUCAUAUGUUGUACAGAGAGUAAAAUAUAUUUAAGAGAGUAUGUAUUUGUGUAAGCAAAUCAAGAGUAAAUUAUUUAUGAAUAUGUAA